AUGGACGCUGACCAACGACGUCCAACACAUGCGGCGACCAGUGCGAAUCGUAAACCGCGUUUCAUUAGACCAUCCGAUGAUGAUGUGCUUGCGGAUGAUCGCCAUAAGGGUCCACUGGUACUAGAAGAGCGAGCAGCUGAAUCAAGUGUUGAAGUAGAUCUGGGAUGUUCGAUCGUUUACAACAAUCCCUAUGUGCUAUUAUCUAUUCAGCAACAAAGAUCAAGACUACCCAUAUUCAAGAAUCGUAAUCAUAUUUUGUAUCUGCUGGAGAAGUAUCGAACGGUGAUCAUUGUCGGUGAGACAGGAUGCGGGAAAAGCACUCAGAUACCUCAGGUUCGCCAGAACGCUAGAUGCGUCUUCACUUCUAAUGCUAACCGCAAUUUGGAUUUCUUCAUAUUGCCCUAG